AUUGACAAGUUGUCAGAAAAAUCGAGCAAAUCAGUGGAGGCGCGCGUGCAUGAAACACGGUUAAAAACAUGUUAAAAAGUUUUUCUGAAAUUUUAGUUUUAUGUUCCAUUUGGUGUCUCAAUUAUACUAUAAGAACUGAUAUAUUAAACUUUUCUCCGUCUUGAUUAAGUGAGAAAUUUAGCAAAAUAAAUAGUGAAUAUUUUAGUUUUUUUUGUUAGUGGUUCGUCGUUCGUCGAGAAACAGAAAUCAACAUGCCUAAAGGAAAGAAAAAAGGAAAAUUUGAGCACAGAAGAACAGAGCUUCCAUACUCUUCCGAUGAGGAUGCAGGGAUUGAUAUGACAAAUGACAACUGUUCAGAGACUUCAGGACAAUCUGAUCUUAAAAGUAUCCAUGAUGAAGCAGAGAGUGAAGCACAAGAGAAAUUUGAAGAGAAAGUCUUGGAAAUAAUUGAUGCACUGAGCGCUAGAGCGAAUGCAGCACGUGCGUCUGCGUUGGUUUCAUUACGGACUGCUUUACAAAGACGAUACUUGGCGGUGCUUUUGAGCGGACAAAGGGCGACUUUGGCUGACCAUGUUACUAAGGCUCUCAGACGAGGAAAGGAUGGAGAGAAGAAAGCAGCGGCUGCUGUUGCUCCAAUAUUGGCGUUACAGGUCGGUGAAGAGGGUGUGGAAGAGUUUAUGCAAGAGGUGAGGCCGGCCUUAGCAGCAGCCGCUGUUGACAAGACUGCCUCACUCGACACACGCACUGAGUGUUGCUCAUCUUUGGCCAUCCUCUGUUACCUGAUGGAAGAUGACCUCGCCGAAGUACUGGAAGUCAUGCGGCUCUUUGAGACCAUCUUCAGCGGGAGUUAUCUCAAGGGUGACGGCAGCGUGAAAGUAUCGGGUUCUGUGGUGGAAGAGGGGGCGUGGCACGCGGCAGCCAUAGACGGCUGGGCCUUGCUGCUGGCUCUCACUGAAGCAGACCACGCCAGAGCCCUGCUCAAGGAUAAUCCUCCUUCCUUUGCCCGGCUGGCUGAUUUACUGGAAGCUUGCAGUCUUGAGGUGCGUAUGGCUGCCGGCGGAGCGGUGGCCAUCGCGUACGAGCGCGUGACGGACGACGAUGAGGAAGGGGACGAGGAGUGGGUGGAGAUGGUGUUGCCUCGCCUGGAAGACCUGGCCCGGGACUCGCACAAGUUCAGGGCCAAACGGGACAGGAAGGUUCAGAGGGCCACCUUCAGGGAUAUCCUUAAGUACUUUGAGGAAGGUGACGUGCCAGAGCUGCGCGUGCGCAUCGGCGUGGAAAGUGUGUCGUGCGACACUUGGUCGAGUCGCGCGACUUAUUCCGCCUUAGCGGCAGCCCUAGGCGCGGGACUGCAGUCCCUGUCGCCUCAUUGUGGCAGGCUCAGAGCAGCCCUAGGUCUGGACCCACAGGCGCCGAUGGUGCCUGCGCCGGCGCAUAACAACUCGAGGAAGAAUAAGUUGCAACGACACUUGCAAAAUACAGCUGCGUGCAAGGCCCGAACGGUCGCUCGGAAUAAGAACAGAGACAAACGAUCAGCCGCUCUCGCAAUUUAAGAACUCUUCAAAAUAAUCAGAAACUAUCCGGUUAAUACACAGCGCUAGUGUUAAAUGUCGUUCCUCUGUAAGUCAAGUGAAUAACUGAUGCUGGUGACAAACGUGUCAUAGAUAAAUUAAUAAAAAAUGGAUACAAACAAAUGUUUUGUUCUAAUUUCAAAAAUGGAAUUUUAUAUUUCGAAAUAAAUGCCAUAGUGCUAAGUAAAUUUCGAAAAUGGAAUUAUGUACUUUUAAAUGUUCUGUGUAUUAAAAUUAAAAGUAAAAAUUUGUAUGAUCACAGACUGAUUUACUAAACUAUCUCAAUAAUUAUUACAUAGUGGCAUAUCACCAUAACUUGUUUGUAGUCUAUGGUCAAGAUUGUGGUACUAUUUUCUGUAAAAAAAAUUAUAUUUCCCUCAUAUCACAGUGUUUAUAUUGACUUGACUUACUAGGGAAUUACACACAUGUUUUCUAAUUAUUUGAAUUCUCGUUAAUUUUAAUUGCGUUUAUCUUUGUGUUAUUGUGUUAGACCAUGCACAGAAAUGAAUGUUUUUCUUGAAAAAUGGAGAUUGAAAAUCCAAAAUGCCAAGAUAUUUGUCAUGAUGACGUUGGCAAUUCUUGAUUUGUAGUCUCAAAGUUUAAUGUUAGAAAAUUUUAAUAUGUUUAUAUUAGUUGUUUACAAAUCCUCUCUGCUAUAAUUUUUCUAAAUUUGUUUUUUCAGAAAAUUCUUUUAAGAAUUUCAAAUUCAGAAUUAACAUGUAACUUAUUUUGAUUCUAAUGAAUAACUGUUGGAUAUUAAGUUAACGGCUUUAUAUUUUUUUUGUUUAAACUUAUAGCAGUGAGAUAUUAUUAUUUUUAUACGGUUUGAUUAAUUGAUUUAAAUCCGUUGAAAUUUUAAAUCUACCCUCUUUCGUAAAAAAAUAAAUUUUACUUUUUACCUAAAUAUACUACAAUAUUUACGUUUUUUUUAACCUUUCUAGUUAGAAUAGGUUUAGUGUAAAUAUCAAAAUUCCCUUUGGCUUUAGUUACGUAGGUACCAAAGAAAUUUGAUUUGACCCGCCUUCAUAUUCUAGGAAUAUCACAUUGGCCUAAGGCAAUGUACUUAUGACUUGUUUCAUACAAAAAUCAACUACGUUUUGUCAAGUAUACGUCAAUAUGCAAAUGUCAGUUUUUGACAGCUGUUUGAUUUUUCAUACAAUGGUAUAGUUUACUGGAAGAACGCCAUUCUCUAUAUUGGCUUAAGGAGAGUUGGUGGUUUCAUACAUUUUAAUUUACGAAUAAUUUAGAUUGAUCUUAACUACUAUGCAUACUGAAGGGAUGCGCAUGCAUCAACAAAAGAUCGUACCAAAUCCAAGGCCGGCAACGCACUUGCGAGCCUAUUGGCAAUGUGAGUUUCCAUGGGCGGCGCUGCUUUGUUUUUCAUACAAACAUUGAUUUACUACGUUUUAAAGUGUAAGAAGUGUUACAACAAAAUAAAAAUACAUAGUAAACUAUACCAUGUAAAACGUAAUUUUAUCAUCAAAUCUGAGUAAUGAGUACAUUUUAUCUAAAAUAUCUUUUACGGGCUCACACGCUAACUCACAAAUUAGUUUUCACGCACUUUCUUAGCCCUUAAUGUUUUUUAACGUUUCAAAAAAAAUAUUUUGCUAAUUGUAACAAGUUCUACCCCUUAUAAGGUUCUAAGAGUAAGGGGAUAUUCAAUGCUUGCUUAGCCGAUAAUACGGGGUGUCUGUUAUUGGCUCUAAUUUUGUUGCUUAGAAAAUAAUGACUUAAUUUAAUGUUUAUUGACCCAUGUUGACGGUCUUUAAGCACUUGAUUAACUGCCGUUUAGUGUUGCUAUUUUAUUGUUCUAUCGUUUAAAUGAUCUAGUGUCGCUAGAUUUUUGGUUUUAUUUAGUUUAUAUUCGUGUGCUGUACUCGAGGUAUUUGCAGUGCAAUAUUUAUUAUUGAAUAAUAUUUCUGUAAAUAUUUUUUGCUGUAUAUUGCUUGUUCUAAUUAAAGCGUGGCCCACGA